AUGACCUUCAUCGUUAGUCCUGGAGCAGAUGAGAAAAUUUGGAAAAUAGUCGCACCAGUUUGUGUAGCGAUAGCUUACUUGUCGCCUUUCAUUGCAACAUAUUCGCACUUGACGAACAAAGCUUCAUGGAAGUUUCGUCCUGAAUCACGCUGUUUUGUAUCAUUUUCCGAAGCGAACCUUGGAAGGAUUUGGAAGCAACUUCUUAUUUUUCUGUGCAUAUCUUUUGCCGUAUCCUCUGCAGUCAACAUUACUUUAGUUGUUUUCAUGUGCAAGAGAUCAAAGCGUAUAAAAUCUACCAACAUGGAACGCAGUUUGAUUAUCUUAGCUCUGCUAAACUUUCUGAUCGAAUGCAGCUUUUUCGUGUUGUUUAGUCUGAUCUUCACCUCUCCAUAUAUCGGAAUCGACUCUUCGGUAUCCUUAGCGCUUAUUCCAUAUGCAUCCGAUAUACUGACAUUAUCCAACCCUUAUUUGCUUAUCGCUCUCAAUAGAAGCAUUCGAAGUCGUUUAUUCCGCCUGCUCAAGUAUUCGUUGAACAAACUGACGCAUGCUCGGCACGCCCACGAAAGGAAAUCGAUAAUAGAAUUUCGUCCUCACAAGAAUGAAAUUUUUCUGGAGACCGCGGAGAAAAAAUACUUAAAACCACCGAUCUGCAAUGAAAAGACUAAGAGUAUCUCCGUUACCUGUUUGGUCUGCUCCUCCUGUCUUCAAAUAGUUGGUGGAAAGAGAAGACGAUUUUUCCUGAAUUUCUAUAUUACAUGCUACGUGUACACAUGCUUCAAAAUGGAGAAUGAGAAUCGACUGAAGAUUGAAACUUACUUUCCUCGCUAUCAGUUUCUUACUUCCACUAACUGUUAUGGAUAA